CCACUAUGCCCCUGUCUGCUUACUGCUUUAAUCAAGCCCGAUCUGUUUACGGUUGCUUUUAACCAUGCAUGUGGCUGCAUCUGUCAAGUACACAUUUGGGUUAGAAUGAUUCUGUGUCACGUCACAACCACAGAAAAACACCAAUCUCUGACAUGCAUGAACUGAUACAGCUUUUAGGCUUACGACCCUGCACUACAAUCACAUUGUGACUCUACCCCGCACAAGGUAGAUGGUAUAAUAUCACUUGAAGUAAUGUCUUUUGGUGUCAGCGGAAGUGUUUCCUUCGCUUCAAACAAUUGUUAGUGAUAUUUAGGAUUACACGGAGAUCAUGUCUCAAGACCCCGGGAAAGAACUCUUGAACGCAGGCUGGAACUUCACCGCCAAACUCCACAGUGAUACCUACCCAGCUAUCUCCCCCGCCAACUCCGACCUCGGUGGCAGCAAUGUGUUCAUAACAGGUGCAUCGAAAGGUUGUGGAAAGGCAACCGCGAUUUCCUUCGCGCAAGCCGGCGCAUCCGGGAUCGCAUUGGCCGCGCGCUCACCUCUUGACAGCGUCGUGGCGGAAGUCCUGGCUGCCGCCGAACGAGCUGGGAAACCGAAACCCAAGGUUGUUGCUGUGCACCUCGAUGUGACGAAACGAGAGGACGUUGAAGCAGCGCUCGAAGUGAUAUCUGGCGCUUUUGGGGGCAGGCUUGAUGUUUUGAUCAACAACGCAGGUCGUCUCUCGAAAUCUGUCCCCUUCCUCGAAACAGACCCUGACGACUACUUCGAAGACUACAAAGUAAACAUCCUAGGCCCGUAUCUAAUCACGCGUUUUUUCCUCCCUCUUCUCUUCACCUCUCCCACAAAACUGCUCGUAAACGUAGCCUCCGUCGGCGCCGUGCAAUUAUCGCCGUACGCCUCCGCGUAUUCAUGCAGUAAACUCGCACUGCUCCGCUUCGGCGAGUUUCUCGAGGUCGAGCAUGGUCCUCAGACGGAUGAUGGGGUGAUAAUUGUCGGAGUUCAUCCUGGAGCUGUCGAUACACCAUUGGCUAGGGGUUUGGUAGAGGAGUAUCAUGGUUUGUUGAAGGACGAGGCGAGGCUGUGUGGCGAUUGGAUGGUUUGGUGCGCGAGCCAGAGGAGGGAGUGGUUGAGUGGGAGGUAUAUAAGUGUCAAUUGGGACGUUGAAGAGUUUGAGGGCAUGAAAGAUCGAAUCGUGAAGGGAGAUUUGUUGAAGAAUAGGAUGGUUGUGACGCCGUUUUCGUAG